AUGAUCGCGGCCGCCGGCCCCGAGCCAGCGGCGUCCCGUUCGAAAGAGCGAACGCCUGCGGAUGCCGGGGCCGGGCCGCUGGAGAGGCGCUCGGGGGCCGUUGCUGGCCCCGGGCCGAGCGCUGACAGCCGCGUCUCGCCGGCAGGGAAGGCGCAGGACGCCCUGCAGGAGCGGUACCGAGUGGGUUCGCUGCUCGGGCGCGGCGGCUUCGGCCGCGUCUUCGCGGCCACGCGGCUCUCGGACGGCGCCCCGGUGGCCAUUAAAAGGGUGCCACGGAACCGCAUCCGGCGCUGGGGCGAGCUGCCCAACGGCACCAGCGCACCAGUGGAGAUCGUGCUGCUGGAAAAGGUGUCCACUGGCUUCCCUGGCGUCAUCCAGCUGCUGGAGUGGCUUGAGCUCCCCAACAGCAUUGUGAUGGUGCUGGAGCGCCCGGAGCGGUGUCAGGACCUCCAGCAUUUUAUUCGAGCUCGGGGCUUCCUGACGGAGCAGGUGGCACGGGAGCUGUUCUGCCAGGUCCUGGAAGCCGUGCAGCACUGCACCAGCUGUGGAGUCUUUCACAGGGACAUCAAGCCAGAGAACAUCCUGGUUGACCUGGCCACCGGGCAGGCCAAGCUGAUUGACUUUGGCUGUGGCACCUACCUUCAAGAGACAGCCUACACUGAGUUUGCAGGAACACCGUCCUACAGCCCCCCGGAAUGGAGCCAGUUUGGGUGGUACCAUGGCGAGGCAGCAACCGUCUGGACCCUGGGCAUCCUGCUGCACCAGAUGGUGUGCGGAAAGCACCCUUUCAGGAGGGGCUGGAACAGGAGCUAUGGCCAGCUCCCGCUGCCACAGCGGCUCUCUCAUGGUGAAUCCUCAUCUCUGGGCACGGGGGAAUACCAAUGUUGGGAGACAGCAGUGGGCUCAUGA